UAUAUAUAUGUUCGGAUUUUGAUCUAAACUAUCGCAAAAAUCUUUAAAGAAAAUAAUAAAUAAAUAAGCAAUUAAAAUUUUUAUUUUUCAAGGUGAGCCAGUUGAUACUCUGACAGCAAAUAGAAACAAUCAUCUAAAGAAAAUUUUCUGAAAAAAACAACCGGACGUAGUUGAUCGAGCUCGUUUGUAUGUUUUAAGCAUUUGAAAAUAACAGAGUGGGACAACAAGAAAAUAUAUUUGUGCUUUUCCAGAGAAGACACCAUUAACGCAUGAGCACACCCGGUCAUGUUCGGGGACCUCGUUUCUUAGGGGCCUCAUGUGAGACAAGAAUUAAUUAAUUGAAGAUGACGUUACAAUGUGUCCAGAAAAGUUUGAAUAAAAGAUAUAGACGAUUUGGAGAAAUAAUUACUCGUUAUCGUUUCUAUUUUUUAUUAAUUCCUAUUCUUAUGACUCUUCUGUUAUCUUUGGGAAUUUUUAGAUUAUCUUACGUUCGAGAUUUAGAAUAUUUGUUCUCUCCUGUCAAUGGAAGAGCUAAAAAAGAUAAAGAAACGAUAGACAAGCUAUUUCCUAUGAACGUAUCUGAAAAUUUUGAUUUCUUAAGAGUUAUUAAUAAGAUACGUUUUGGAGUUAUCAUUAUUAUAUCAAACGAUAAAAAGAAUAUGCUUGAAGAACAGACUUUUCAAACUGUAUUAAAAAUUGAUGAAAUUAUUCGUAACAUUUCUAUAACUUCGAACGGAGAGAUAAUGAAUUAUAGUAAUAUAUGUGCAAAAUAUUCCGGAGAAUGUGCUAAAAUGGAUGUAUUAGAUUUAAAAUCAAGAAUUAAAAAUAUAUCUCUGGGUAAAGACUUCAUUACAUUUCCAACAUAUUAUGACUCGAAGACGUCACGCCUCAUUGCUUAUCCUGUGAGUUUGGGAGGUGUUAUCAUUGAUGAUAAUAGUCAUGUAAAAUAUGUUGAAGCCAUUCGCUUAUUUUACUUUUUAGAUAAUAGUGACAGAAUUAAAGAUAAAAUCUCUGUAAAAUGGGAAAAAGAAUUCCUAAAUACUUUAAAUAGAAUAAAGUUUGAGGGAUUCGAAGUUACCAGAAUUGCAUCUUCCUCUUUAGAUAAUGUGACUGCACGUAAUACCGAUUUGAUAUUGCCUACUAGUCCUCUUUCUAUAAUUCUAAUUCUUAUAUUCUCUGUACUUAGUUGCAUGUCGAGAGAUUGUGUUAGAAGUAAACCAUGGUUAGGAAUAGCAGCAAGCAUUUCUGCUGGUUUAUCAAUAGCUUCUACUUUCGGACUUCUUAUGUUAUGUGGAGUCGAAUAUGCAGAUAUUAAUAUUUCUGUGCCUUUCCUUAUCUUAGGUAUCGGAGUUGAUGAUUCUUUCGUUUUGAUAGCAGCAUGGAGGAGAAGUAAUCCAAAACAUAGCGUGGAAUCGAGAAUGGGUGAAAGUUAUUCAGAAGCUGCAGUAUCUAUAACACUUACUUCUGUCACUAACUUUUUAUCAUUUUCCAUCGGCUUAUUGACAUCCUUUCCAAUUGUUCAAAUAUUCUGUUUAUAUGCCUCAAUUGCUAUACUUUUAGCUUACAUUUAUCAAAUAACAUUUUUUGGCGCUUGUAUGGCUUACAGCGGAUUUAGAGAAGAACAGGAAUUACAUCCGUUAACUUUUAGAAAAAUUGAAAUUAAAAAUUCUGAUGUAGGUGAGCGAUUUUUAUCGCAUACGAACGAAAUCCAACAUUUGCAACCUGAAGAUAACAAUGUAAUGACCUUCUUUCGUGAUUACAUUGGAGAAUUCUUAUCAAAAACAAAAGGAAAAUUAUUAGUUUUAAUGGUAAUGAUUGUUUACCUUGGAUUAUCAUUUUGGGGCGCUUAUCUUCUGAAAGUAGGUUUAGAUUACAGGAAAUUAUUCCCUUACGGAUCCUACGAGUCAGAAAUAAUGAAAAAUGACUUCAAAUACUUUACGCAUUAUCCAGAUAGAAUACAUAUUGCAAUAACUUCACCUUUAGACUAUUCCGAUACUAGAAUACAGGAUAAAAUAGAUGAUUUGCUUUAUAAAUUUGAAAACAACAGUCAUAUAUCUUCAUCAAAAUAUACAGAAUCUUGGCUUAAAUAUUACAAAGAUUUUUAUACACAUCACCCUCACUCGUGGUUUUUCCUUCAUGGAUAUAAUUUAUCUCAUAAACAAGACUUUAUUGAAGGUUUGAAGAUAUUCUUACAACUUCCUUGGGCUCGCAGGUUCAAAUCUGAUAUACUAUUUAAUGAAAAUGAAACAGAGAUUAUUGCCAGUCGUUUUUUCGUUCAGAGUCAGAACGUUACUUAUGGAGAAUUGCAAAAACAACUAUUACUGGAUUGUCGCAAUUAUGUCGAUAAUUCUGGAUUACCCACAACAAUACAUAGCUUAUGGUUUCCUGUCUACGAACAUUUAUCAAUUAUCAAGACUACUGCUCUACAAUCUAUCGGUAUUGCUGCUGUAUGUGUAACUAUCACGACUUUAUUAUUUAUACCAGAUUUUAGUUGUGCAGUUUCAAUUACAAUUGCUAUCGCUUCGAUACAAAUUGGAAUUAUUGGAUUCAUGUCACUUUGGAAUGUUAAUUUAGAUAUGAUCUCCGUCAUUGCUCUAGUGAUGUGUGUAGGAUUUUCAGUCGAUUAUUCUGCUCACAUUUGUUACUCGUAUAUUACUGCUAAGAAGACAUCGUCCUCGGAACGCAUUAAGGAAUCGUUAUUUGCAGUUGGUAUGCCAAUCGUACAAGGAUCUGUUUCAACGGUAUUGGGAUUAGCUUCUUUAGCAUUGACGUCAUCUUAUUCAUUUACAGUUGUAUUCAAAUUAGUGUUCUUGGUUAUUCUAUUUGCUACUUUACACAGUAUUUUUGCUAUUCCAGUUCUUCUCAGUGUGUUUGAUAUAUUUAUAGACAGAAAAUAUUCCGUUUCUGCAAAUGUUACAUCAUCGCCAUUGAAAAAACAGACAAGGACCGAAAUCCCAAAUCUUGGAAACACAGAGAGUCAACCACUCUCUUAAGUAUUAUAAGAUAAAAAAUAAUUAAAUAAAAUUAGCUCAUGAACAUUUAAAAAAAAUAUAACGCACAAAUUUAAUGUCAUUUUUUGCAUAUCGUAUAUAGUAUUAUGAUCACUAUAAGAUACUUAUUGUGAUAAGUACACAAUACACAGUUUAUUGUGAUAAACUGUGUAUUGUGUAUUUGUAUAAAUUGUGUAUAUAAUUAAUGAAUGAAUUCAUAAGCUGAUUAAUAUUCUUAAUUAUAAAGUCUAAUUGUAAAUUAUCUAAAACAAGAGUUUUCAAUCUGGUCAGUAGCGACCUCAGAAGAGGUCACUCGAUUUAUCAAGGGAAGUCAAUAAAUUACUACAAUAAUUGAGUUAUCAAUGGACAAAUUUAAUAAUAAUUAAAAUAAUUUUAAUUUUAUUAUAAUAAAACACAACCAAUUUUGAAUUUUUAUUUAUGUUUAAUAAAAUAUUAUUCUAUUAAUUCUCUAUUUGAUAUUUUAUUUCAUCCCAUUUGUACUUCAUUCUUAUUUUCUAUCAGUAUAAAAAGUAUAAAAAUGAUUGCAAUCGCUGGUAUAAAAUACUUCUGUUAGAGCUUAUGUUAUUAUUAGUUUAUAUUUUUAUAUAUAAUUGCCUUAUAUUAUUGAGUU